UUCCCAAACUCAAACGGCUAAUCUCUUUCUCUCUCUAACAUUCUCUCUCUAAAAAUCGACUCCUUUGAAAAUGUCGAAUCGCCAUGAGAAGGAGAAAAGUGUAAACGUUCAAGUUCUGCUUCGUUGCAGGCCGUUUAGUGAGGAUGAAGUGCGGAAUAAUGCUCCGCAAGUGGUGACUUGCAAUGAGUACCAAAAAGAGGUAGCUGUGUCACAGAAUAUUGCUGGGAAGCACAUAGAUAGGGUUUUUACAUUUGAUAAGGUUUUUGGCCCAUCUGCUCAGCAAAGGGAUCUUUAUGAUCAGGCAAUUAUCCCAAUUGUGAAUGAAGUUUUAGAGGGAUUUAACUGUACUAUUUUUGCUUAUGGUCAAACUGGUACAGGUAAAACAUACACCAUGGAAGGUGAAUGUAAGAGGUCUAAGAGUGGGCAUAACAGUGAACUUCCUCCAGGAGCAGGAGUUAUACCUCGAGCAGUCAAGCAAAUUUUUGAUAUGCUGGAGAGUCAAAAUGCAGAAUAUAGUGUGAAAGUAACUUUCUUGGAGUUGUACAAUGAAGAGAUCACUGACUUGUUAGCCCCUGAUGAUUUAUCAAAAGUUUCUGUAGAAGAUAGGCAAAAGAAACAAUUGCCACUUAUGGAAGAUGGAAAAGGUGGAGUAUUAGUGAGAGGACUUGAAGAAGAAAUUGUUACAAGUGCUAGUGAGAUAUUCGCCUUGCUUGAAAGGGGAUCAGCAAAACGUCGGACUGCAGAAACCUUGCUGAAUAAGCAAUCAAGUCGUUCACAUUCUCUUUUCUCCAUAACAAUACACAUCAAGGAAGCAAACACUGAAGGCGAAGAACUCAUAAAAUGUGGCAAGCUUAAUUUAGUAGAUUUGGCUGGUUCAGAAAAUAUUUCACGUUCUGGGGCUAGGGAGGGGCGUGCAAGGGAAGCUGGAGAAAUAAACAAAAGUCUACUUACACUAGGGAGAGUAAUUAGUGCUCUUGUUGAGCAUCUUGGGCAUGUCCCUUACAGGGAUAGCAAACUCACACGUUUGCUCCGUGAUUCAUUGGGAGGAAGAACAAAAACAUGUAUUAUUGCCACAGUGUCACCUGCUGUUCACUGUCUGGAGGAGACCUUGAGUACGCUGGAUUAUGCCCACAGGGCAAAGAAUAUUAAGAAUAAGCCUGAGGUGAAUCAAAAAAUGAUGAAAUCCACCCUCAUCAAGGAUCUGUAUGGUGAAAUUGACAGGCUUAAAGCAGAGGUGUAUGCUACACGUGAAAAGAAUGGUGUGUACAUACCAAAAGAUCGAUAUUAUCAGGAGGAGAAUGAGAGAAAGGCUAUGACAGAUCAAAUUGAACAAAUGGGAGUGACCUUAGAAAACCAGCUGAAGCAACUUGAGGAGUUGCAAAGUAGAUAUGAUCACCAGGUUCAUCAGUGCUCAGAUUUGACAUGUAAACUUGAUGCUACACAGAAACACUUGAACCAAACUACCUUCUUCUUGUCUAAUGCUGAGGAAGAAUUAAGACAAAGCAAGUACACCCUCAAGGAGCGGGAUUUUAUCAUCUGCGAACAGAAAAAAGCUGAAAAUGCCCUUGCUCAGCAAGCAUGUAGUUUACGGGCUCAGUUGGAGAAAUCACUUAAAGACAACACUUCACUAUUUCUGAAAAUUGACAGAGAAGACAAGCUGAGUGCCGAUAAUAGGUCGGUGGUGAACAACUUUCAAACUGACCUUGCAAAACAACUUGGUUUCCUUUCCAACUCGGUGGCAACAUCAGUGUGUCGACAAAAUGAACACCUCCAGUGUGUUGAGAAAUUCUGUCACGACUUUCUUGAAUCUCAUGAUAAGGCUGUUGUAGAUUUGAAGAGGAAAACUAGAGCUUCAAGGGCCCUGUAUGUAUCUCAUUUAGAGGCCAUGCAAAAUGUGGUAAAACUGCAUAAAGCUAGUUCUACUGCUGCUCUGGAGGAGAUUUCUGCUUUGGCUUCUUCUAAUUCAAUUUCCAUUAAAGAAUUUUUUGAUGCGGAAGAUGUGGAAGCAAAUUCCCUAUUUGAAGAACUCCAGAGCACUCUCUCAACUCACCAAGGAGAAAUGGCACUUUUUGCUGGCGAACUUCGUCAGAAAUUUCACGAUAGUACAGAGCAUUUGGCAAAUAUCUCCGAGAUCAUUCAAGGAUUUUUUGAUAAGCUUGUGGAAGAAUCAAAAAAACUUGAAAGACAUGCGUCGACAGUUGAUGAGAUCCAGACGAAGUGUAUUGCUGAAUUUGAGGCGGCAUAUGAGGAACAAUCAAGAGCAGAAGCAGAGAAGCUUAUUGCUGAUAUGACUACCAUGGUCUCCAAUCACCUGCAUCGACAAAAAGAGCUGGUGGGUACACGCUUAGUUGAUCUUAGAGAAACUGUUACUGGAAAUAAGACAUUCUUGGAUGGACAUGUAUCCUCUAUGGAGGGUAUUACAACAGUUGCAAAAAGAAAAUGGCAGGAUUAUUCUACGCAAGCAGGCAGUAGCACGAAAGAAAAUGCUGAUUUCUCAGCUGCUAAACAUUGUCGGAUGGAAUUACUUAUGCAGAAGUGUGUAAGCACUACUGAAACAGCUCAUAAGCAGUGGCAAAGUACAAAUGAAUCAGUUAAUGACAUGGGUAGUCAACAUGUCUUGACAAUGCAUUCAGUUGUCAGGAAUAUGUGUGACAGUAAUGAGCAACAUGUAACUGAAUUUGACUCUACAAAGGAUGCUGCUGACGAAGUCGUAACAAGGAAUAGUGAAGAUGCCGUUCAAUCUUUUGACAGCUUGUCGGAGAAAGAGAGAGCAUCUAUAUCUGGCAUUUUGGAUACUGCCAACACUCAUUCAGAAACCAUUGGAGUACUUGAGCACGAUCACGCUAGUCAGUGUACUUCUAUAGAACAGAAGGCCCUUGAAACUUUUCAGCAGAGAUAUAUGGAUUAUGAGCCAACUGGAUCAACACCAGUCAGGUCUGAGCCAGAUGUUCCAAGCAAGGGGACUAUUGAAUCUUUGCGCACCAUGCCAGUGGAAUCCCUUCUAGAGGAGUUUCGGGAGAAUAACACUUUCGAGUCAUUUCAAGUAAAGGAAGUAAAGCCAUCACUAGUCCCACGAUCUCCUCUAUCGCAAAUUAACCAUUAGCAGAUUGGUUUCUUUCUUGUGUGUCAUCCUCUGAUCUGUAUCUGUAAUUUUUGUGUGUACUUGUACCACACUCAGGAAAAAUACGUCUAAUACUGUAACAUAACAUGUUGCUAGCUAAUUCUGUCAAAGAUAAAUCCCUCCUUGGGAUUUAGAAAUGGUUGUAAAUGAGGAAAGGCUUGAUCAUUGGUUUCCAGAAUUUGAUUUAGUGAGUGAGAGGAAUCCCUUUAUUUAUUGUGACAAUGGCUCUUUGCUACUCAGUAAGAGUGACAAUUCCAUUUUGUAACAGUUCUGUAAUAACAUUCAGAGCUUCAAUACUAUGUCAAUAGAUAUGUUGUAACUUUCAUUUAUUCAA